AUGGCAGCGGCGCCACGAGACUUCACUUCCUGGCUCGAGACAGGCAAGAACUCAGACGUCCAAUUACGCAUUGUGAUAGACGAAGUCAAUGAUACUGUGAAAGAUGCUGAAGAGCAGGAGGAGCAGGAGGAGCAGGAGAAGCAGAAGGAGCAGGAAGAGCAGAAGGAGCAGGAGGAGCGCCCUGCCAAGCGCUCGCGAUCGUCACCCGCUGCUCAGGCUGGCAGCGCUCAGCGCAGCGCGGGCGAGCGGCGCAUCGCCGCCGUGCUGGCGGUGCACUCCGUGAUACUGGAGGAGGCCUCGGGCUGGGCGCGCGCCCUGCUGGGCAGCGAGGAGUCCCUCGAGUCUCAGCAGCGCGUACUGGAUCUGGUGCUGUCUGAUGAAGCUGAUGUGGCCGCCGUGAAGCUGCUGCUACGCGCCAUCUACGGCGCUGACCCGGAGGCCCAAGUGCUGCGGCUGGCAGACAGGAUCCAGGUGCCGCGCGUCGUCGCGGCGGCCGGCGGCCGCUUCACAACGGCCGAGCCGCUGGACUGGGACGUCGCGCAAAGCAUCUGGGCGCUGCCAGCGGGCUGCGAGGAGAACGCGGCUUACAUGACUGCAUUUGCCGCGGCCGCGGCCACUCUGCAGCAAGAAUUGGGCGACCUGGAGGUGGCAAUGCUGGAUGCUGCCAGGCGAGAGCGGCUGCUGGGGCUGCCCUUCAAGGCGCUGCGGUGUCUGCUUGAGAGCAGCGCCACCCGGGUCUUCAGCGAAAACACCGUCUUCCUCGUCUGUGACAUGUGGCUGCGGCGGCGGGGCGGCGGCGAAGCUGAGCAGCAGCUGCAGCUGGCGAGGCUCGUCCGUCUGCCGCAUGUGACCAGCCCAUACCUGCUGACAGUGGUGGGGCAGAGCGCGUGGCUGGCCAGCCGCAUGCCAUGGCAGAAGGCGUGGAGCGAGGGGCCGUGGAGGGCCGCCGGCCUGGUGGGCGAGGACGGCCACGUGCGUGUGCGCGCGACCAUCACCAAUGUGCAGUGA